AUGUCUUCCCCUACCAAAGCGAAGGAGACAUCCGAUCUCGCCGGCCUCACCCCGGGUGAGACCAAGCACCUGCUUCUUGCUAACCUGUGCAUGACCACCACUGGCAAGAUGGAUUGGGAGCUCCUGGCCACCCUCACGGACACCAAGGCCAAAUCCGCCCGAUGGACUCACCUGACGGGUCGCCGCAAGCUUGAAAAUGCCUACCAUGAAGCCCUCGCUGGUAUUAACAGCAAGGGUGAAGCCCCUGAUAACCAGGGCGACCUAAAGUCCCAGGAGAAGAAGUAG